AGCCUUUUUUGCAUCAUUGUUCUUGGAGAUAGGCCACAAUGCCUGUUCCUGAAGGAAAAGACUUAGAUGCCCUCAUGUAUAGGUUGCUUCGCAUGAAGUGCCCGAAGGUGUUGGCCUCGAUCAUACUCUGCCUUCUCUGGACGACCACUGUGGACUUCAACGAGGAGUAUGAAAUGUUGGAGUUCUUCGCCGGCGCCGGAAACCUCAGCCGAUAUAUGAAGCUUUGUGGCAGGCGUACUGGGUCUCUAGACAUCAAAUACCAAACCAAUCCUUCGAAGAAGAGUGCCUUCAAGAGCGACCCAAUGGAUAUUCUGAGUCCUUCGGGAUUUGCGGUGGCACUGGCAUGCUUAUUCAAGUGCCGGCCUGACCGCUUCAUGGCCAUGUUUGCCUUGAAGUGCGCUUCAUGGACUGCGAUUAACUCUGGAACCUCCAAUAGGGCUCCAUGCGCGAGCAUUGGCUUUGAUGAGUACCCCAGUGUUCUGGAGGCGAAUGCCUUGUGCGAGCGGACCAUCUACCUUCUGGUGGUUGUGGUAUGUCUUGGUGGAGUCUUUGGGUUAGAGCAACCACGGCUUUCCAACUUUGAGUUCUACCCCAUGUUCCUGGAGUUUCGCGGGCUGUGCUAUGAAGUCAAUGGGGGGUCCUCAGCUGUCUGGCGUGUGGGUUGGUGGAUGGCUCAUUAUCAGAGCCUAUCCCCAAAGCGGAAUACACUGUCCAGUUCGGCCGCUGCUUAGCCGACUUGUAUGAUGAGAUGGUCAUCUCGCCGUGUGGCCAGCCCAAGCUCCCAUGCCUUCUCCCGCCUGCUCAAGAGUCGUACCAGUUCAUGGGCCAGGGCUUUGACCUGGGAUACGCACGCCUGAAUGAAGUAUAUAGUUAUUUACGGAGAGGUCGGAAUCUCAAGAUUCCUCCUGGUUGGAGCCACCUGCUGCCCAAACCAGAGUGAUCUACUGCUCGAUAUUUGUUUUGUUGGGCAACUUGUGGGGUAAGAGUGGAAAGGCAUCAUGUGGAAGAUUGCCUGAGUUGUAUGGGCAUGUAUCCACGUGGUGACUUCCGCACAGGUUGGAGGUUCUUGGUCCAUGUUUUC